GUUAUUUUAUUUUAUUUUUUUCUCCACUUCUCGACCUGACAAGACCAAACUGUAAACAAAUCCUCUAAUCCCUUCUUUCAUACGGUCAUACUUUUGCAUUCUAAUGACAGUCACUCAGCCCUCUGUUAUUACCCUAGCACAAACAUGUGGACAUCUUCAUUUCUUCUUAAUUUUCUCUCUUACCCUGUUUUUCUAACGCCAACAUUUAUAAAGCCAAUUUGAAAAAAUAUAGAUAAGAAUGUGAUAAGGGGUCUCUUGUUUUUGGAGGGCCAUGGAAGGUUUGAAGCUGCCAUGCUCUCUGCACGCUAGCUAUGGCGGAAGAACUCUUACUCCAAUUCCCACUUCAAGUUUUGUUCCCAGAAACCGACCCAGAUGCAAACUUUCCCUUUCCGCCGGUUCUCUAAUAAGAACCCUAGGUAUAAUCUCUAGUUGCAAUUUGCCUGGUGUGGUUUCAAACUCAAAGGGGGCAAGGGAAGUGGGGUUUACCACAAGAAGCUCGUCAGCAUCAACACAGCCUGCAACUGAGGAAUUGGUGGAGGAUAAACCAAAGAAUCUUACUGUGAGUGGGGAUUCCAUACGCCGAAGAUUUCUUGAAUUUUAUGCUUCUCGGGGCCACAAGGUACUUCCCAGUGCUUCACUUGUGCCAGAUGAUCCCACAGUUCUAUUGACAAUUGCGGGAAUGCUUCAAUUCAAGCCUAUUUUCCUCGGAAAGGUACCUAGACAAGUACCUUGUGCCACAACUGCCCAAAGGUGCAUACGUACAAAUGAUGUGGAGAAUGUAGGUCAAACAGCUCGACAUCAUACAUUUUUCGAGAUGCUUGGAAACUUUAGCUUUGGAGAUUAUUUCAAGAAAGAAGCAAUUAGAUGGGCAUGGGAGCUUUCAACCAUGGAAUUUGGGUUGCCUGCCAACAGAUUAUGGGUCAGCAUAUAUGAAGAAGAUAAUGAAGCUUUUGCAAUAUGGCAAGAUGAGGUGGGGGUUCCUGUGGAGCGUAUAAAGAGGAUGGGUGAAGAUGACAACUUCUGGACCAGUGGAGUUACUGGUCCUUGCGGUCCAUGCUCUGAGAUAUAUUAUGAUUUCUUUCCUGAGAAGGGUUAUUCAGAUGCUGACUUGGGAGAUGAUUCUAGGUUUAUAGAGUUUUACAAUCUUGUUUUCAUGCAAUACAACAAACGGGAUGAUGGAUCCCUGGAACCUUUAAAGCAGAAGAAUAUAGAUACUGGGCUUGGCUUAGAGCGGAUGGCUUGCAUCCUUCAAAAGGUCGCCAACAAUUACGAGACUGACUUAAUAUAUCCCAUAAUGGAGAAGGCCUCAGAAUUGGCAAAUGUAUUAUACGCAAGAUCUGAUGAUCUUACCAAAACAAAACUUAAAAUUAUUGGAGACCAUUUGCGUGCAAUUGUUUAUCUCAUAUCAGAUGGGGUUGUGCCAUCAAAUGUUGGAAGGGGUUAUGUAGUUCGGCGGCUCAUCAGGCGAGCAGUUCGUACUGGCAGGUUACUUGGUAUAAAAGGGGAUGGUAGAGGAAAUCUUGAAGGAGCGUUUUUGCCAAGCAUUGCAGAAAAAGUGAUAGAACUAAGUACUCAUAUAGAUUCCGAUGUGAAGGCUAGAACAUCACACAUCCUUGAGGAGUUGAAGCGAGAAGAGCUACGUUUUGUGCAGACACUGGAGAGAGGAGAAAAGCUACUGGACCAAAUGCUGACUGAUGCAUUAUUAAAUGUUCACGAAAAUGGAACUGUUCCUUGUUUGUCUGGCAAAGACGCCUUUCUUUUGUAUGACACAUAUGGGUUUCCUGUGGAGAUAACAACAGAGGUGGCUGAAGAACGUGGUGUCAGAAUAGAUAUGAAUGGUUUUGAUAUUGAAAUGGACAACCAAAGACGUCAAUCUCAGGCUGCACACAAUGCUAUUAAACUUAGUGUUGAAAAUAGUACAGAUCUUACAGAGAGCAUUCCUGACACUGAAUUUCUAGGAUAUGACACUCUUUUUGCCAGAGCAAUAGUGGAAGGCCUCUUAGUGAACGGUAAUCCAGUUGCACGGGUUUCUGAAGGAAGUAAUGUAGAAGUUUUGCUAAAUAGAACACCAUUUUAUGCAGAAUCAGGUGGUCAAAUUGGAGAUCAUGGUUUUCUAUAUGUUAGUGAAGCUGCAAACCAACAGAAGACUGUUGUGGAAAUUAAAGAUGUCCAAAAAUCUCUUGGUAACAUAUUUGUUCAUAAGGGUACCAUCAGGGAGGGAAUUAUAGAGGUCGGCAAAGAAGUCGUAGCUGCAGUAGAUGAAAAACUUAGGCAGCGGGCAAAGGUUCAUCAUACAGCUACUCAUUUGCUGCAAGCUGCGUUAAAAAAGGUUAUAGGCCAAGAAACAUCCCAAGCUGGUUCACUGGUGGCUUUUGAUCGUCUCAGGUUUGAUUUCAACUUCCACCGACCACUACUGGACAGUGAACUCAUGGAAAUUGAAGAAUUAAUUAAUAGAUGGAUUGGGGAUGCGGCAAUUCUUCAAACUAAAGUUAUGCCUCUCGCUGAUGCAAAACAAGCAGGAGCUAUUGCAAUGUUCGGAGAGAAAUAUGGAGAACAGGUUCGUGUUGUUGAGGUUCCAGGUGUAUCCAUGGAACUAUGUGGUGGGACACAUGUCAGUAAUACUUCUGAAAUACGUGGCUUCAAGACAAUUUCAGAGCAGGGGAUUGCGUCUGGAAUUAGACGUAUUGAAGCUGUUGCUGGUGAAACAUUCAUCGACUAUGUUACCAGCAGGGAUAAUUAUAUGAAACAUCUAUGCUCUACUCUCAAGGUGAAAGCUGAAGAAGUAACAGCUAGGGUCGAAACUCUCUUAGAGGAGUUACGAGCUGCAAGAAAUGAAGUUUCCGCUGUGCGUGCAAAAGCAGCAGUGUACAAAGCAUCGGUUAUUGCAAGCAAAGCAUUUCAAGUAGGAACUUCAAAAAAGAUCAGGGUACUAGUUGAGUGCAUGGACGAUACUGAUGUGGAUUCGCUAAAAAGUGCAGCUGAAUACCUGAUGGAUAUGCUGGAAGAUCCAUCAGCUGUGAUAUUGGGUUCCUGCCCAGCUGAUGGAAAGGUAAGUUUGGUUGCUGCAUUUACUCCAGGGGUGGUUGGUCUGGGAAUUCAGGCUGGCAAGGUCAUAGGGCCUAUAGCGAAGUUGUGUGGCGGAGGAGGAGGUGGAAGGCCCAACUUCGCUCAGGCUGGGGGAAGGAAGCCUGAGAAUCUAUUGUGUGCCCUUGAAAAAGCUCGAGCAGAACUUGUUUCUGUUCUAUCUGAGAAGGCAGGAUGAAAAUUGAAAAUUUUUCUCUGCUUUGUCAAUAUGAAAUGUCAACUAGGCAUGGUUGCGUACGCAGGACAGUUUCUGCUUCAUACAGAGGCAUUCUUAAUUCUAAAGUCCUCAGGAAUAGCAUACUUCCAUUUUUCAUGACUAGAAACCUGGCAGGAACUCUUGUUAAAAAACAAUGAACAAACAACUCUUGACAAUACCGCUUCUGUUGCGACCAUUGAGGGGGUGAAACUGUGUAAAUUUCAGAUUACAGUUUGUAUUCAUUUGUACAAGGUUUGUUUUGGUGAAAUUUGUAAAAGAUGAACUCCAUUUUGUAAGAACUUUUGGCCCUCUGAAUCAGGGCAUCCAUGUAUAUUUAUUCAGGAGAAAGUUGUGUAGAAUGAACAAUUUCAAGAUAUCAUGGAUGCAUUGGGUGCUUACCACUUGCA